UAAGAAUAUACGAGUACUUUACAUGAACCUUUGCACGGAGCAAAAACUUGUGUGAAAUGAUUUUCAAUAAACGAUUUAUUCUGUGGACUUGCAUGGUUUUGAAUUUUCUGUUUUUGGGCGUGGCUGGGAUAUUUAUCGCAACUGCGACGAUUGACCUCAUGGGCCAAACCUCCCCGCUUUGGGUCCCGAUUUUGACAAAUAUUUUGGGAAUAAUCCUCUUGGCGAACUAUUUUUUGGGAUUUUUUGGCGCCAUGGAGAAGCGCUUGAACCUCCUAAGAGCAUAUGUUUUCAUAGUUUCAGCGGUCUCACUUGUCGAAUCAAUAUUCGGGAUAUUUCUCCUGUCUUAUAAGUUUGAAUCGCCCGUUAGGAACAUUUUAAUCGGUGGCGCUACAAAUAUUGGGCUUUUUAUGGUCGUUGUGUCCGUGCUUAAAGGAAUAGCGGCGAUUUUUUUCCACCACUUUCGGAGGUUUUACGCAACGAGUAAAAUCGAGUUUUUGGAAUCAAGCACCGAUUCGCAAACUUUAAUCAAGGAAGAUACAGAAAGUGUAAAUUAGAGAACGUCAGUCCAGGUAUUGUCCGUACCUCCGUCUUUGGUUCCUGAUUGCGUUGGCGAGACUUAGCGAGAGUGUAGCCCCAACAACCUGUAAAAAACUGAAAUAAAGUUUAAUUUUUCUCCCGAAA